AUGGCUCUACAUUUGAGCAGUGCAUGUUUCUGUACUUUUAGUCGGAAUAAAAUUAGGACAGUUAAAGCUGUGGCUUCCGGGCAGGAAAGUACUGUUCUGAAGACCGAUGAAGAGAAAUUGAAGUUGGGUGGUUCUGAACUGAAGGUGAGCAGGCUUGGGAUUGGUGCCUGGUCAUGGGGUGACACCAGUUACUGGAACAAUUUCGAUUGGGAUGACAGAAAAAUGAAGGCUGCCAAGGCUGCUUUUAAUGCCAGUGUUGACUGUGGUAUAACAUUAGUUGAUACAGCUGAGGUUUAUGGCUCAAGGCUUGCUUUGGGAGCAGAAAGUUCUGAAACACUGUUGGGAAGAUUCAUCAAGGAAAAGAAAGAUAAGAAUCCAGAUAUAGAAGUCAAUGUUGCGACCAAAUAUGCAGCGUUACCAUGGAGGCUCGGUCGCCAGAGUGUUAUUUCUGCUCUGAAGGAUUCUCUAUGUCGCCUUGGACUGUCUUCUGUGGAUCUCUAUCAGCUCCACUGGCCAGGAGUAUGGGGAAAUGAAGGAUAUAUUGAUGGUCUAGCUGAUGCAGUGGAGCAGGGUCUUGUGAAGGCUGUUGGAGUAUGCAACUAUAGUGAGAAGCGUCUUCGUGAUGCAUAUAACCAACUUCAAAAGAGAGGUAUUCCUCUGGCUUCCAACCAAGUAAAUUACAGUCUCAUAUACAGACUCCCAGAGGAGAAUGGUGUCAAAACUGCCUGUGAAGAACUUGGGAUCACUAUAAUCGCUUAUUCCCCAAUUGCUCAAGGUGCUCUGACGGGGAAAUACACUCCAGAUAACCCUCCCUCUGGCCCUAGAGGACGGAUUUAUACCCCCGAGUUCCUGACAAAGUUACAACCUCUGAUAAAUCGAAUAGAAGAGAUUGGACAAAACUACAAUAGAACUCCAACUCAGGUUGUCCUCAACUGGUUAAUCGCCCAGGAGAACGUUGUACCAAUACCCGGGGCCAGAAAUGCAGAGCAGGCUACAGAGUUUGCUGGCGCACUCGGGUGGAGACUCAGUGCCGAAGAAAUUGAUGAGCUCCGUUCUAUGGCAUCAGAAAUCAAACCUGUCAUAGGAUUCCCAGUUGAGAAGUUCUAA